GCUCUGCCCGGGCUGCCCAGGGCGGCCGCGGCCCCCUCUGCUCUGCUCUGCUCUGCUCUGCUCUGCUCUGCUCUCCUUCCCUCCUCCUCUCCAUUCCCUCCCCGCUUCCUCCCCGCCGGCCCCGCACGGCCUCCGCCGCCGGCACAUCCCUGCGGUACACUUUAAUUAUCAGUCAAGAUGGAUAUCAGAGGUGCUGUGGAUGCUGCUGUCCCAACAAACAUCAUUGCUGCCAAAGCUGCUGAGGUUCGGGCAAACAAAGUAAACUGGCAGUCAUAUCUCCAAGGUCAGAUGAUUUCGGGUGAAGACUGUGAAUUUAUUCAGCGCUUUGAACAGAAAAGAAAUCCAGAAGAAAAACAGGAGUUGUUGCAAACAGAAGGCAAUCAAUGUGCUAAAACAUUUAUAAACUUGAUGACUCAUAUCUCCAAGGAACAGACUGUUCAGUACAUUCUGACUAUGGUUGAUGAUAUGCUGCAAGAAAAUCAUCAGCGUGUUUGCAUCUUCUUUGAUUAUGCAAAACGUGGUAAAAACACUGCAUGGUCCUAUUUUCUGCCAAUGUUGAAUCGACAAGAUCUCUUCACUGUGCAUAUGGCAGCAAGAAUUAUUGCCAAACUGGCUGCUUGGGGGAGGGAGCUUAUGGAAGGCAGUGACUUGAAUUACUAUUUCAACUGGAUUAAAACUCAGCUUAGUUCACAGAAACUACGUGGUACAGGGGAUUCAGGAGCAGUCUCCACAAGUGAUAGUUCCCAGUAUGUACAGUGUGUUGCUGGAUGUCUGCAGCUGAUGCUCAGGGUCAAUGAAUACCGCUUUGCAUGGGUAGAAGCAGAUGGAGUGAAUUGCAUCAUGGGUGUCUUGAGCAACAAAUGCGGUUUUCAGCUGCAGUAUCAGAUGAUUUUCUGUGUGUGGCUGUUGGCAUUUAGCCCUCAAAUGUGUGAAUAUCUUCGUCGGUACAAUAUUGUCCCUGUGCUGUCGGAUAUUCUUCAGGAAUCUGUCAAAGAGAAAGUAACCAGGAUCAUCCUUGCCGCAUUUCGGAAUUUGUUAGAGAAGUCUACUGAGAGAGAAACUCGCCAGGAAUAUGCUCUUGCCAUGAUUCAGUGCAAGGUUUUAAAGCAGCUAGAGAAUUUGGAUCAGCAGAAAUAUGAUGAUGAGGACAUCAGUGAAGAUAUCAAAUUUCUACUGGACAAGCUUGGUGAGAGCGUGCAGGACCUUAGCUCCUUUGAUGAAUACAGCUCUGAGCUCAAAUCAGGAAGACUGGAGUGGAGUCCUGUGCACAAAUCUGAGAAGUUUUGGCGGGAGAAUGCUGUAAGACUAAAUGAGAAGAAUUAUGAACUGCUCAAGAUCCUGACAAAACUUCUGGAGGUCUCUGAUGAUCCGCAGGUGCUGGCUGUAGCUGCUCAUGACGUGGGAGAAUAUGUACGCCACUAUCCCCGUGGGAAACGAGUGAUUGAACAGCUUGGUGGUAAGCAGCUGGUCAUGAACCACAUGCAUCACGAAGACCAGCAAGUUCGUUACAAUGCACUGCUGGCUGUGCAGAAGCUGAUGGUUCACAACUGGGAAUACCUUGGGAAGCAGUUGCAGUCAGAACAACCUCAGACGGCCACUGCACGGAGCUAAGCACCUCCAUCAGUGCAUGCAGUUUGUGCUCACAACUACAGUGUGUUUCUCUUUAAAUGAAUACAAAGGAAAUUCUGAAAUCACAUGCUCUUUGUCUUCUACGGGUGCAUAAACAUUCCAACUUUCCUCUAGUGUUGUUGGCUUACUAAAAAUUUGUUUAACUAGGUCUGCUGAUUAUGCCUAUUAGCUUCUUGUUCUAUUCUGAAUGUAUAUGAAGAAAUGUGGCUAAUAUAUUGCAUUUGUUUUAUGUAUUUAUUCUCAUAAUAAAGACAUUUAUUAAAGGAUAUCCAUUCCAUAAUGGAUAUUAUAAUUAGCCUAGAAAAAUUGUUCAUUUCUUUUAAUGGCUUAUCAGUGUUGUCACUUUCCAAGAAAAGUAAGUUGUCCCCUUAUGUCUCAGACAAAUUAGUAAGGCUUUGACUUAGUGUUUCAUAGAAAGUGCAAUAGCCUGAGAAAUAUUGAUUAUCAAUACUAAAACAUAUACCAAGUCUCAAAAUAGUGUUGAAAUUGUAUAUAAAAGCAAAGGUAUGGGUAGGGCUUUUUUGGGAGGGUGGGGUAGUUUUUUUGUUGGAAACUACAUUAAAAAAUCUGGAAAUGAGAAGAGGAAAAGAAAACAAUCACUCCUCCAUCAGUGAAAACACAGCCUCAAGAUUAUAAGUCCAGCUGUAUAACACCAGUGGUUAAGGCUGUAGAUCAGAGAUGAAGUUGAGGGUGUGUUUGUUUUUUUUAAUGUGCACUACUAGCUGCUGAAAUUGUAAUUUCAUGGAGUUUUUGGUUAUUGAAAAUACUUGUAAAUGUUAGGGUUCUGGUUUCAUUCCAAAAUCCAUUGAAUUUCUUUUAUAUUAAGCCAGAUAAUUUGGCUAUCAAUAUUUUCUGUGUUUUGUGUUCAGUAUAAAAUAUGUAAUCAAUAAACUUAAGCUGAUCUUG